CCACUGCCGAAAAUAGAAGAAAAAGGAAAUAGUCCCAUUUGAAAAGAGAAAUAGUCUACUUUCACCGUGUCGAAGACGAAUUCAUGUGUGUAUACGCAUACGUGUACUACCAAACGCAGUUUACUUUAGAGAGGGAGACGCGUCCUCUGCGGAUAUCCCCAUCGGAUUUGUGUACAGCUUCACCACAUGUCGCCGACGAUUUGCUAACCUGGGCCACGGAGGUGAACAUCUACGGUUCUGUAUUAACAGAGAUUUAAAGAGAGAGUGUGAAGAUGGCUGCUCCCCCAGCCAGGGCUAGAGCCGAUUACGAUUAUUUGAUUAAACUGCUCCUCAUUGGUGACAGCGGUGUGGGCAAGAGUUGUUUGCUUUUGCGUUUUUCGGAUGGUUCCUUCACAACAAGUUUCAUUACCACUAUCGGCAUUGAUUUUAAGAUAAGAACUGUAGAGCUGGAUGGCAAACGAAUUAAGUUGCAAAUUUGGGAUACAGCUGGUCAGGAGCGGUUCCGGACUAUCACAACAGCUUAUUACAGAGGAGCUAUGGGUAUCUUGCUGGUGUAUGAUGUCACUGAUGAAUCAUCUUUCAAUAAUAUUAGGAACUGGAUUCGCAACAUUGAGCAACAUGCUUCUGACAAUGUUAACAAAAUAUUGGUGGGGAACAAGGCUGACAUGGAUGAAAGUAAAAGGGCUGUGCCUACCUCCAAAGGUCAAGCUCUUGCCGAUGAGUAUGGUAUAAAGUUCUUUGAAACAAGUGCAAAGACAAACAUGAAUGUGGAGGAGGUUUUCUUUUCGAUUGCUAGAGAUAUAAAACAACGGCUUUCAGAAACUGAUUCUAAGAUCGAGCCUCAGGCCAUUAGGAUCAACCAAUCAAAUCAGCCAGGUUCAGGUGGUUCAGCUGCACAAAAGUCAGCUUGCUGUGGUUCAUAAUAUCGGAAUUUCAACUAUAUUCAGAGCAUUAGAGGGUGUGUAUAAUUUGAUGGGGAUGAAAAUUGUUCAUCCAUAUGUCGACUGCCUUUAUCUUUUUAUUGUCUUUUUUCCAUCAUCUUCUAUGUAUUGAAAGUUUUCGUUUUUAUUUGUGAAUACACCUGUUCGACUAUUUAUUUCACACUUCAUUUGUGCGUGUUCA